AUGGAGGAUGAGGAGUCCAAAAAACAACUCGAGCACAAAGCAGAUGCUCGUUUUGAGGUGUAUGACCCUGCUGCUGGUGACUCGGAUAUCGAAGAUGCUCGUCCCGCGUCCCGGAAGAGACCACCGCAUUCUCUCUGGGCUCGAGGAUUGGCAGCCGUCUCUCCCUUGAUCGCUUCAACUGGCAAACCCGCUGACGCUCAUCCUUUCCUCUCGUUUCGUGGAACGCAUUCGAAGGUUUUUCGUCCUCGAUGGUUUAGGAAAGCGAAUCGAUCCUGUUGUUUGAUGUAUCUGGUGGUGGGCUUCUUCACUAUGCUAGGCAUUGUUCAGUUCAUUUCUCUGGCUUGCGGCGUUGUCAUUUCGUUCUUUCCGGACGAAAUCGAUCGUGCAACCGAUCGCUGGCGGCAGAACCCGAGUGCUACGUCUCCGAACACAAACCGUUGGCCCACGGACGUCUCCCGGGAUAUUUUUGCGGUCGGUUGCCAUUCACACAACGACUAUUGGCGCCGCAUACCCCUCUAUUCGGCCCUCCAGGCAGGCUGUGUGGGAGUCGAGGCUGACGUAUGGCUCUUCGACAACGAACUCUACGUCGGCCAUACCACUUCCUCGCUCACCCCGUCUCGAACGCUAAAGAGCUUGUAUAUUGAUCCCCUGAUGGAAAUCCUUGCUCGCCAGAACCCAAUCACCCCUUUUCAUCCUACCCUUGACCAUCCCCCCAACGGCGUCUUUGACACCGACCCCUCGCAGAGUCUCAUUCUCCUCAUCGAUUUCAAAACGGACGGGGAGGAGACCUGGGAAUAUGUGUAUGCACAGUUAGCCCCAUUCCGUGAGCGUGGUUACCUCACUUAUUUUGACGGUACCGGGAUUGUCAACGGCCCCAUCACCGUCGUGGGGACUGGAAACGCCCCAUUCAACCUCGUGACCGCCAACAAUACCUACCGCGACAUCUUCUUCGAUGCGCCUCUGGAUCUCAUGGCCGAUGAGACCGACAACAGGGAUGCCGACGCCGCUCAUGAGGAACGGGGCGACAACGCUGGUCAGGGCUUAUCAGGCCUAUCUCCUGGAGAUCUCGAAUCGACCACAUUCAACAUGACCAACAGCUACUACGCGUCGGUCUCUUUUAAAAAGUCGAUCGGCUUUCCUUGGAUGUUCCGUCUUUCAGAAAGCCAAAUGAGUCUCAUCCGAGCUCAGAUUGCCGGUGCCCACCGCCGCGGCCUCAAGGUUCGCUACUGGGGAACUCCUAACUGGCCGCGCAGCCUGCGGAAUCACAUCUGGGAGAUCCUCGUCCGCGAAGGAGUCGAUAUGCUCAAUGUGGACGAUCUCCAGAGCGCAACUCGCAAAGAAUGGGUCCCCAGAAUUUCCGACUGGUGGACAUAG